AUGUUGCGUUUUCUGGUAAUUUGUGCUGUGGUAGUCUUAAGUCAAGCCACUGAGGUGAAAAGAUGUGAUGCCGGCAAACCUUUUCCUUUGGAAGUUCGUGUAAAAGGCUGUGAAGUACCACCCUGUGAUAUUGUUAAGGGCACCAAUGUAGAAAUGGAAAUUGAAUUUGUCACCUAUAAACAUGUUACCACUGCCACAACUCUGGUUAAAGCUAAAACUUUUGGUGUAACCGUGCCCUAUGAGUUGCCCGACGAAGUCAAAGAUGUAUGCUCCAAUCUGAUGUACGGAGCCUAUUGUCCUCUCUAUCCCACAGAGGAUGUGACCUAUUUCUUUUUGUUUCCCGUCUCUGCCAAUUAUCCCGAAAUCAGUGUAAACAUUGAAAUCUAUUUGGAAAAUCAGGAUGGAGAACUUUUGACUUGCUUCAAAUGUGAUAUAAAAGUGAAAAAAGGCAAUGCUGGGGGUUCUAAAUUCUUAACAGCCUUGAAUUCAACAGCUGCAAUUAAUGAAAGUCAAUUAAACUAA